UCCUAGGAAGAAGGGAAAGGAUUAAACAUUGUUUAUAGCUGUAACAUUACGCAAAAACCCAGCUGUGGACCAUUUUGUGACUUCAUCAUUCUACAUUAUGCACUUAUCAGGGAGACAAAUGUCUUAUUUUAGUCUGCAACGUAACGAAUAAUAGAUUGGUGGUCUUUUUUCUGGUAGGCCUGUUGAAUUCCUUUAAAGUUAACAGUGUGUCAGUGUGCAAAGAUGCCGAGUGAAGUAAAGCAGAGAAAGAAGGCAAAGCAGAGUGAUGAGCUGUCCGAAACGUCGCCUGCGAAUACCAAAGAUGAAAAGACGAAGACAGAAGUUGGAAACAACGCAGCAGCAAAUAAAACGUCUUCGAGUUUGGACCUGAAAAGCAUAAUGUGCUUGCUGUCGUUUGCAGCAUGCGGGGCACUGAGCUGGGUGGUGCUUCAACAGAAUGAGAGGUUCUCCGAAAUUGAAGAAAAGUACCAUUUUUUACAGGGAAAGACUUCGAGUCUGUUCGACAUGGAGGAAGAAGUCCUUAAAGUUUCUAAAAAGCUUGCCGCCUCUCAGGACGACCUCCAAGAGGCGCUCUCCACCGUCACCUUGGCAACAAGACUCCAACAGGACAUCUCCACCCUUCAUGCUGUUAUCAUGGCGAUGCAGGCCGACGAGAACUCUGCCUCCCGCAACCUGCAGAUGGUCAACGCUCACUUCCUCAACGUGACCGAGACGUGGCAGGAGCACCUGGCCGCCGUCACCUCUGACCUGACUGCCCUCAAGGCCGAGUCACGGGAAGCUCACAGCGGAGCCACAGAGCGGGUGAACGAGGCCGAACGGAGGGCCCGGCAGCUAGCAAAAAAGUUGGAGGAGCUUGAGGACAGCACAAAGAGGAACGCCCGCGCUAUGGAUCGGACAGAGGAGGACGACACCAAGCGAGCCCAGGAACAUCUGGACUGGAACACCAAGCAGAUCCACAAGCUGGAGGAGCAGCUCAGCAGCUUGUCCCGCAGGGAGGCCGAGCUCAGCUCUCAGCUCCAGGAGCACAUUCCCCGGGCGCAGGAGUGUGAGGAGCACCUGCCGCAGGUAGAGGAGGCGGUUCGCUCCAUCCUGAGGCUGGGUGGAGACCUGAGCGGGGCGGAGAAACGGCUGGAGGAGGUGACAUUACAGGUGUUUGGGACUGAGGACAGCAUGCUGAAAGCGCUCAAUGAAAUCCUGGAGAUCAGACAGGAGCUGGACACCCUGCAGGCCCAAAAUAGCAUCCUCAAGAUGAAGAACGAGUUGUCCGUGGUUAAAGAGGCGGUCCGUGAACUCACCAUGGUGUUGAGGGAAAAUAGGGUUGAAAAGGAGUCUGAUAAUCUGGAGGAAGAAGAAUGGAAAGAUGAUGAGGAGUGGGAAGAAGAUGACCAGGACGAUCUAGCUCUUCUUGAUGACGUCACUGAAUGAUGCAGCUAGAAAAAAGGAGCUUCACUGUCUUACUAUUUGCUCUAGACGGUGAUUUAAGUUCAGUAUUAACGUUUUAUAAAAUGUGUACCUCACUUUAAUGUCAGACAAAUGUGACAAUCAUUGCAUAACUGUUCACUGAUUUCAACACAAACUCAAGGAUACGUGCUCUGUGUUAUAAUUGCAAUCAACAAUAUGUUUGAUUUGUUUAAUGCGGAGUGACACAUUUAGCUUUCACUUGUAAUAUUAUGAAAUAUGCAGGAUCACUCUCAAGCCAGCCAUUUGCACUGAUACAGCAUCUAUACCACUCUUAUAUCAAUAUAAGUGUUACCUUGAUGAUGCUGAUAGAGGAAUAGCUUUUAUAAAUAAAUAUCAUUAGUCAUAUAUAUAUAUAUAAUGUUGUAUUUCAGCAGUUCCUAAAAAUGUUAAAAACAUGAAAUGUAGCAGCCACUUAGUAAAUAGUCCCAUCAUAAUAUUGUGGUACAGGACGCCUAUUUUUCCUCACAUUUCUAUUUGUUUAUCACUACUUGAUGGUAAAACAGGGUGACGGGCACCAAAAUUGUCCAAUCAAUGAGUUACCUGUCAGUCAACAUCACUUCAUGUUUACUCCUCUUGGUUGUUUUGUACAGACCAGAACUUAAAGGCAACAGGGUUUUGUUUUUUAAUGAUCUGGACCAGAUGAGCUGAACUAUUUUGUGUGUUUUUAUGUCAUCGGACAUCGGGCAUUUUGAUUUCAUCUAUUGAAAGCAUUAUGAUUGUAUGAUGUCAUCACUGAGCUUAUUUAAUAAAAUCACCUUUUUUAGUG